AUGGCUGAAGUCGAGUGGGCCGGCCGCUCGAACAAAGCCGCCAGGAGAAUCGAAGAGAAAGGAAGCCCCCAAGGUCGCGCUAACUAUAAGCCCCAACGCGAUUACUCUGAUCCCUCGCACUUCGGGCUUCUUCCUGUGACUCCGUACCAAGGUGUUGAACGGGGCGCGGGGCGAGAGAGGGAUGACGGGGCGCGGAUGCGUGUUCGCCGGUACCUACUACGGCCGCCUGCACUGACUGACGGUGGAAGUGACCAGGGGCGCAAGGCGAAGGUGGAGGUCUAG